AUGGAACGCGGGGACCGGGCCUUUCUUGACGCCAUGACGGGGAUCUUCCAACACCGCAACCCCAAGCACGCCCUGGAGGGCCUUUGCGAUGGGGUCUGCAAUGUCGCCACGGGGGUGGGGCUUGGGGUGGCCGCCCUCAUCACGGCAACAUCCGCGGGGGCCUCGGAGGAAGGGGCCUUGGGCGCGGCGAAGGGCUUCGGCGCGGGCCUGGUAGGGUUGGCGGGGCUUGCGGGGUAUGGAACCUACACAGGCGCGCAGCAGCUCCUCCGUGGGAUCACGAACACCCCGGAGGCCGCGAGCCACGCCUUGAAAGGCGACCAGCUGUGGGAUAGCAGCUUGGGAAAGUGGUCGGCGGUGAACUUGUGGGAGGACCUCAUGACCCUGCCGACCACCGACGAGGAUAUCCAACUCCGGGCGAGGCGGAAGUUUAUCGAACAGGAACAUAUUUUACAGAGGGAUAAGCAAGAAAAAGAUAACACCACCAAUGAAGAUACCAGCCCAGCAUCCGCAUCGUCGUCCCUGGAUUACUAUGGGCUCCUGGAGGUCGACCGAACGGCCAGCACUGAGGAAAUCCGCAAGGCCUUUAUGCGCAAGGCUUUGGUGUCUCAUCCAGACAAGAAUCCCAACGAUUCUGACGCUACCCGAGAAUUUCAGCAGCUUUUGACGGCCUAUAACAUACUAAAAAAUGAGGGAAUGCGCUUAACGUACGACCAAUAUGGGGGACAUCAGCAGCCGUUUGGAGAGGGAGGCGUCGCAAAUGCGGCAGAAGCAGCUGAAUCGGUCAACCCCUUUGAAAUAUUACUCGGGACUAAGUUCCUCGAGCCUCUGACGGGGAUGCUGCGUCUUAUUUAUUACUUUGAGUCCAAUGCCCUCUAUACAAAUGAGAUGCUUACCGAGUUGCACUGUCGGAAUCGAUUACGGGUUGCGCGCAAUUUACUUUCCUUCGUCGAGACCUGCGGUGAGGAGCGGUUUAGUAUCCUCUUGCGUGAUGCCGUCUCGACUCGAUGUGGGCCACAGAUAGUUGCCUGCGUGGCUGAGAGCUAUCAUAUCGCCGCUCGGCAAGGUCUUUAUGAUAGUAAUUGGAAGCGAGAGUUGGACGGUUGGUACUCCUCAAAAGUGCUUUCGUUAUCUUCCACGGCGCGUACUGCGGCAGCUAGCGCGAAAGCCGUGACGAAGACCAUUAAGAAGACGUUAUCUGAAGAAGACCUGAUUGAAAUGCUUUUAUGUGCAUGCAAGUACGAUGUUUGCCGCACCGUUCUACAGGCCUGUCGACUAAUUUUGUACGAUAGUGGUGCCAGUUCUAUUGAAAAGCAACGGCGUGUACAUCAAUUAAAUAAGUUAAGCAAUAUGGCUCGUGCAGAAGUUGAGAGGGAGCUGGCCUCUCGUGCAUGCACAAAUUGA